UCGAACUUGCUAUCAAUAAUUUGUCUGUGUAACGAUUGUGCAAUUUAGUUCAUUCAAAUUUGAUUCAAACAAUCUUCGUUGUUGUUUUCGUGUUUGGUGUUUCUUGAAGAAGUUGUUUCGGUAACGAUGAAACCACAGUCCGGUUUGCCGGAAAAAUAUUUUUUGGCCUUCAUGUUGACGAUUCUCACAUUUCAAUUCGGAAUUGAUGAAGUCCGCGCCGGUUACUGUGGCUUCGUGGAUAUUCUCGAUCCCAGAGUAUCGGGUGGAAGUGAGACACAUCGAGGAGAGUGGCCCUUUCUGGCGGCACUCUAUUACGUGGAGGAAUUAAAGUUUUUUUGUGGAGGAACAUUGAUAACAAGGCAGCACGUACUGACAGCUGCACACUGUGUCCAGAACAAAGACUCUCCGCUGAAAAUUACUUCUGACGAUGUUCUAGUACUUCUUGGGGCGCAUAAUUUGUCGAUUAGAGAAAAGGGUGUUAUUCAGAGCGAUGUAGGAGGGAUUUAUGUUCAUCCCGACUGGAAAGUGUACGGCGACAAAUAUGAUGCUGACAUAGCCAUUUUCAUGCUCAGCAGAAUUGUUCAAUUUACCAACUAUAUUCGACCAGUUUGCAUGCCAACUCAUAGUUCGGUUGUUAACGGCGCUAGAGGAUCCAUCGUCGGUUGGGGUAUAUCAGACAACGGAAAAACUAGCUUAGAAUUUCCACGCCGCGCAUUUACCAACGCUUUAAAUGCGUCUUAUUGCUUGACCACGGAUCCGUAUGUGGCGUUUUUAUCGUCAACGCGGACAUUUUGUGGCACUGGCGGUGAUGGUUCCCCGAACAAAGGUGAUUCUGGUGGUGGAUUUUUUGUCCUUUCCGGUUCCGUUUGGGUACAGUACGGAAUCAUUUCUGCAUUACGGAUCAAUGCUACUGGUUUGAUCGAUGAAAAUUCCGUUGCCAUUUAUACAAACGUAAAAUUGUUUGAUUCUUGGAUAAAUGAAGUGAUAGGAAUGUCUGGUGGGACGAUAGAAAACUUUACUGAAAGUCAAGAUGUGGUUGAGAUUGCUAAAGUAGAGAUUGAGAACAAAACAGUCAGCUUGGUCUGUUAUGGGGAUAAUGCGUACUUUGGAUAUGUUGCAAGCUACUCCUGCCAGGUGCCUGAUUUGAAUAUACAGAAUCGAAACUCGAAGGUUUCUUCAAUAGCAGCUUAUCACGUUUCUGGGAAGUCCGAUCAGGACGUUCAACGUAUCGUAUUCUUCAAUGGAACCAUGGCCUACCUACCCCAUGGAAUAGGAAAAAUAUUUAAAAAUUUAAAAGUUUUUGUGGUCUCGGCUGAUCUAAAUUUGAAAUUCGUUCAAAGAUCCAAUUUCAAAAAUUUGGAAAAAUUGAUCCAUUUGCACAUUUAUCGCAAUGAAAUCGAAACGUUUGACGAAACUGUCCUGUUCGACUUGCCGCACUUGGAAUUGUUUACACUCUACAAAAAUAAGCUGAAAGUGAUUGGUGAGGAAACGUUCGAAAAAAAUCCUAAACUCAAAGUGAUCGACCUGCGGUGGAAUAAGCUGGAAGUGUUGCCGAAACAAUUGUUUGCGAAUAAUUUGUUGUUGGAGGAGGCAUAUUUUACUGGAAAUUCUUUGAAUAUCAUACGGAUUGACUUUUCUGGGCUACGAAACAUACGUCGACUCAAUUUCAAAGAUAAUGUUUGUGUGGAUGAAGAGUCAGAGGGAAAUUUCAGUGAUUUAUUCAAACAACUGCGGGAGAACUGUGCUUAAAAGCGAGCAAAAGAAAAUCCAUAACAAUGAAGUAAUUUUACCGAAGUACCGAACUAUAAACAACUGAACUCAACAGUUUCAUUUGGACAAUUACUAAAUCAUGCGAAGUUAUUAUUUAAGAACUGCCGAUAAUUCGACCUAUAAUCCAAAUGUCUAUUUUUUCUAUUAAAUCUUAUGUGCAUCUUGUACUCCUUCUGUUGAAGCAAUU